AUGCUAGUUGACAGGAAACUUCCUACAACUGGUUCAUUUCGGUGUCUUCAAGAAGCAGCUGGUUUCUGUGUGGAAGUCAUGCCUUCCAGCACGAGUGUCAAGACCAGUCUGGUCUGCAACCAACCAGCCACCAGCACUUCUGAAACGCAAGUACCACAGUCAUCAGAUUCGCAUUAUCCGUUGUUAUACAAACUCAUUUCAGUAGAUUCUUCUUCGGCAUCCUUCGGCCAUUUGAGGCUGUCACCACCGCCGAAGCUCGAGGCAAUGCAACCGGAAAGUGGCUCGCUGGAGGAGACAGAAGCCCAAUCACAUCGACUCUACCGAAAGAGUGUCCUGUGGAAUUUGCCCCCACAAAGCGCCUCGCCGGUUGAAGAGAGCCCAUCCUAUUCGGCAGCUCCGAGUCUACGCAUGAAACUGAAUAUAGUUAAGGUUAGUAAGCCCUGA